GGGCUUUAGUUGAUGACGUAAACUGUUGUGCUGUGUUUUAUGCUGUGUGACCCGACCCAGGCAGUAGCAUGUACAAUGCCGAGGACAGUUGUCAAAAGAAAGAAGUUGUUAAUGAAAAGUUACUCGACUGAUUCCUACUACAGGGCAGGAGCAAAGUCACAGUUACGAAACGACGUCCAUUUUUAAACGUAACGUGACGAAGUCUGUAACGUAGAACAGUGUGUUCUGUAGCCGUCCUUCCUUCCUUCGGUCAUUCAUUUGCUGUGCUGGGCAUAAAUAUGAGAAGACGACCAUUUGGGCUUUUAAAAAAGCUAACCUCUGGAAAUGUUUAAGUCAUUGCGAACUCUCUUCAGGCCGGAGCUGGUGUUGACCAGGUCCAGCUCCAGUUAUGUAACAAGAAUGAGGCACCUGAUGAAGCUGAAGGAGGAUGACGGGGCGUGCCUGGAGGCUCUUCGCUCUGGCCAUCUGCUGCUCUACCACCGGCUGGCCCCUCUGUUGCAGAAGGCUCCCGCCACCGCCUCCACCCCCGGACUCUUCCAGCUGCCCGCCAUCAACACCAGCGAUUUUGAAGGAGUACUUGACAAACUUGGGAAGAGCCGGGCGCUUGUGAAUGAAGCAGUUCUUAUUACCUGCACUGAACAGCAUGAGGCCCAGUUUUCUCUUGAUGUUGGGGUCCUGGAUAAGUCUGAGGUGGAGAGGUUGUGUGGAGGAGCGUUCAUUGACCUAAGGAAGGCCUUCUUCCUCCUCCGAGGCCCAGAGGCCCCGCUGGUGGCCCGGGGCCAGGCACUGCUGCGUUGGCACCAGACCCAUGGCUUCUGCAGUGCUAGUGGGCACCCCACCUUCAGGAACCAGUCGGGCAGCCAGCGCGUGUGCCACAGCAGUGGGCAAACCUACUACCCAAAGAUGGCGCCAGUGGUGAUUACUCUAAUAUCCGAUGGCACCCAGUGUCUACUGGGGAGGCAGGCCACCUUCCCCAGAGGCAUGUACAGCGCCCUGGCAGGAUUCUGUGACAUGGGUGAGACCAUAGAGGAGACGUUGCGGAGAGAGGUGGCAGAGGAGGUGGGCUUGGAGCUGUGUGUGUGUGUGUAUAAUGCUGUGUGUGUGUGUGUGUGUGUGUGUGUUGCAGGUGAGACCAUAGAGGAGACGUUGCGGAGAGAGGUGGCAGAGGAGGUGGGCUUGGAGCUGGACUCGUGGCGAGUGUCGGGCACUCAGCACUGGCCUUUUCCCCAGAGCUCCUUCAUGGUGGCCUGCCACGCAACCGUUACCCCUGGCAACACACAGGUGAGUUUAAACCAUGAGGAGCUGGAGGACGCACGCUGGUUCUCUCUGCAGGAGAUCGAGGAGGCGCUGCGUCUGAAGAAGCCGCCCCGUAACCCUGAGGGGGAGACCCCCACCCUCUGGGUGCCCCCCAGCUACGCCAUCGCACACCAGCUGGUGCAGGAGUGGGUGCAGCAGCAACGGAGUGCUGCACGCUAGUAACACACACACACACACACACACAAACACAAACACAUAGGCACAGGCACACAGACACGCACACACACACACAUAGGCACACGCACACACACACAUAGGCACAGACACACAUAGACACACACA